CAAGUGUGCAGCCUACAUUGGAAGGAGAGUGUGUGUGGCUUCUGCACCUCCGGAUAGAUUUACUCCCGACUGACGUGUUGUGUACGGUUGGCUGGUGAAACCGUGAUGCUGACGAGGUUGACUCCCGCUGUGGUCGCAUUUCAGUUUACAGAUUUCUGCCUUUGUACGGGAGAUUGAGGGAAAUGGGGAGGAGUGGGGGGUAUUCUUUUAUGCAUCCUGCAUAUGUGCAACUGCACGGGAGUCAAAGUAAACACCACGCAGAGAUCAGAGGAGAAAUGAGACUGGGAGGAGGGGAUGGAGGGAAGGACGGCGGGAGGGAGAGAAGGUGAUGGUGGGGGUUAGGCUGUUUGUGUGACACUGUGAGAGAAACAGUCGGAAGGAGAAGGAGGAAGAAGAAAAAGAAGAAGAAAGGAUCCUGUGUGUGCGUUUGUUUCACCACCUAAUCAGUUUUCCUUAGGGACCCAUCAGCAGCAGCAUCAGUGGAGGAAAGUAAGGAGGAAAACAAUCGUCUCCCGUCAUAGAGCCGAACCUCAGACGAAUGACAGAAAUGGACGCCCCUCUCGCCACCCCGUGCAACAUCCAGAUCUGUGAGGUGACCUGUGACUCUUUCCGCAUCAUGUGGGAUAUGCCUCCAGAGGACACAGCCAGAGCGACGCAUUUCUUCAUCGACCUGAGCCGCAAAGAGAACAGGGAUCCGAACCGCUUCAAACACAGGGAUGUCCCAACCAAGCUGGUGGCCAAGGCUGUCCCACUGCCCAUGGCGGUGAGAGGACACUGGUUCCUCAGCCCGCGGACGGAGUACUGUGUCGCUGUCCAGACAGCCGUCAGGCAGUCGGACGGUGACUACCUAGUGUCAGAGUGGAGCUCGGUGGUGGAGUUCUGCACUGGAGACUAUGCAAUGGAACACCUUCAGCAGCUCCUUGACAAGGCCAGCGGUCCUGCAGGACGACUGCUGAGAUUCUCUGUGUUCUAUCGCAACCAGCACCCAGAAUACUUUGACUAUGUCAGGAGGGAAUGUGGGGGACUGAUGCGUCCGGCCCUGAAAGACACCAGCGGGAGUCAUGGCUCUCCGAUCAACGGCAAACUCCAAGGCGUCUUCUUCAGCUGCAACACAGAGUUCGACACGGGGCUCCCCCCCAAAGACUCUCCGUACGGCCCCCUCAGAUUCCAGAUUCCAGCUGGAGUCCUGCUGAACCCAAACGUCUGCCUGUACUUCGCAGACUUUUACUGCAUGUACACGGCAUAUCACUACGUGGUGCUGGUGCUUGCGCCCGUUGGCACAGAGGGAGACAACUUCUGUCGCACCCGCCUGCCGAGGCUGGACCUGUCCUCCAACCCCUUUCUGACCUACACUGCCCCCCAGAGGCAGGGGGAGGAGCCCGUGUACUGCCACGCCAGUGACGUGAUCCUGGAGGUGCUUUUCACGGAGCCGGUUCACGUGGAUCAGGGGAGUGUGGAGCAGAUCAGUGGGCACCACCAGCUUAUGAGUUUGACCACGGCAAACGCCAAGAAAGAUCCAAGCUGCAAAGUGUGCAACAUCAGCGUGGGGCGCUGAGGGACAAGUUGACUUUGAGUCGACAGUUCGAAAAGACCCAGAAUUGGACAAAACAGCUGAGGAAAUUAUGGACUUGUCAGAGCAUGGUGGAGAAAUACAUCUCUUGAACUGUGUUAAAGCUGCUCCCCACCCCGCCUCCACCCUGAAGUGGAGGAGAUUUUUAUUUAAUGACCCCUUGGAUGAUAUAUAUUCCAGAGCUCUAUACCUACUCUUCAGGUGUCUUCAUGUGUUUUCCUACGUCCACAAUGCUCCUGUUUCGUCAUUUGUUCCACCAUAAAUUGGAUGUUACUGCCUUUCAGAAAUGUGAGUUUCAGAAAAACAGAAACAUUGCACAGAUUUUUUUUUUGUCGACUUCUCGGGAUUCCCUCUGUGCCAGGAUUCCUGCCACCUAUAACCUACAGAUGCAGACUGAUCUGUAAAAAUGUGGAGUCCAUCUUUAGCAUUUGUCCAUGCUAAAGAUGGACAAAAAGCCUUCAAAUCAAUUUUUCUACUCAUUGAAGUUUUCCUUUUCCAUUUAGAAAAAUCCUAUGACUUUAAUUUGUGGACAUUUAUCCAGUGGGUGAAAGCACAAUGUUAAAAUAGAAUCGCUUUUAACACAUUCGUUGGUGGAACAGUCACCGGUAACCCUGCUGCCAAACGCUUUGUGCAACCAUUCUUUGCAAAAAGGACAGUUCUCUGUCUCUCCUAGAACAUCUCUGAUAGUGGGAUGGCAUACACAUAGUGAGACAUCCUUCACCUCUACAUUUUGCAUAAUGUCCCUGGAAGAAGGUUGGUUUUGUUUGUGAUAAACCCUUUUUUAUUCCCAGUGACAGCCCAUUUUAGUCGCAUUUCCCGCCGUUUCAAAUUGUUGAUGAUGCCAUGUACUCUAACAAGGUUUCAUAGCGAAUGCACAUGCAUGCACAUAGUGAAUGGAUCUGGAUGACGUGUCAGUGAGCUUACAAUGCAGCGACAGCAUGGGGAAAGUUGUAAACAGUGGAUUGACUAUGCAGCUAUAUUUAUAUUAUUAAAAAUCAUAUCAGUCUUUGUCAAAAAAAACCUGUCUGUCUGGAGGGUAAAUUAUCUCUAUGCUGCACACUUCAAGAAAUGAAUGAGAGGAAAAUGUAGCAAAAAUACACUGUAGUCAUUCUUACAUCACAAUACCAACAUUUUCAUUUGAAAUUCAAGUGUUCAUUUUAAUGUCUUGUCACUAAAAAAAUACAUCAGUAAACUGUUACCGGUUAACUGUUAUAAAUAGUGCAACUAUUUAUCUACAAAGACACAAGAAACAUAUCUUGUUUCAGAAUUUCUUCAACGGAAAUUCUGAGGUUAAUUUAUAAUGAGAGUAUUUUUUGCUGGUUCGUGAUUUGAUUUGUCUAACUGAGAGUUUGAUUUUCUAAAUAUUUGAUUUGUCUUCUAGGAGACUUUGGGGGAAAGAAAUAGAGUCAUGAACUGUAAGUGUGCCACAUUUGGCCCUUCAUCUCUGGUCGCCCUGAAGUGAAAAGCAGUAUCCUAGUUCGGUCCAACGUCAGACUGAGUUGUCACCGCUCUCUGAAAAUGGAGUUAGAGGAAGCAGCAGAGGAAACAGUUCCCUGACUGUCACCUUUCUGAAGCUGUCAGUAAUGUCUCAACACGCGGCAGGGAGGGUCACCCUGGGACUGCCUGGGGGUCCCUCUUCUGCUGCUGACCUCUGGUCUCUUGACUUCUGGACCCAAUUGUAACCAAUUAGAAAAAGUGUCUUGCUGAAAUGUUGAAGAAUAUUAAUAUCAAUAAAAAUAAAGUAAUCAAAAUUUGA